AUGACCUACAAGUAUUCUCAGAGCUGCAUCCCAACGUUUCGUACAGGAAGUGCCGCUCAUCUCUCGCUGCGUGCUCUAGAGGAAGUGGCGGCCGGUGAAUCUAUUCUGACGAAGGUAGUCAAGGAUAGGAAACCUUACUUGAACUUCACAGGUACCUUGGUGAACUUAAAGGAAUAUCACAAAAACGACCCAAAGGAUGAACACAUUGCUAUUUUAAUGACGGGCCUUGACGUGGUAGCUUUUACCGAGGAGAACAAAUGGUUCACGGGCGUAGCUGGAGCGGCCUUCGUUGGCGGGCUUUGCACCCCCGACAACAACUAUGCUGUCGUUGAGGACAAGGCCCCAUUCUACACCGGCGUUUACGCUGUUGCACAUGAGCUGGCACAUUUACUGGGAGCACCGCACGAUGAAACGGGAGAGGCAAAAGACUGCAAGUACAAGGAUGGACACAUUAUGGGCGCUAACGAAAAAGGACCAAAUCACUACACCUUUUCAGCAUGCAGUGAACAAAUCAUGAUGGAGCAUCUACUGUGA